AUGAACGGGUCCAGGCCAGACCCCCCGUGGCUCCCACCGGCCGCGAUUUGCGAGGUCGGGGACUUCUUCCUCAACUGCUCGGUCGCCUCCUCGCCGGCUCAGGUCCGCGCCGUCAUCCAGGGCCUCCUCACUCUCCUCAUCACCGCCACCGUCGCGGGCAACCUCCUCAUCAUCAUCGCCGUGGCCACGUCGCGCCAGCUGAGGACCCAGACCAACGCGUUCAUCGCCUCCAUGGCCGUGGCGGACUUCCUCGUGGGGCUGACGGUGAUGCCCUACAGCAUGAUGCGCUCCGUGCACCAGUGCUGGUACUACGGGCGCACGUUCUGCAAGGCGCACACGUGCCUGGAGUACGUGUUCACCACCGCCUCCAUCCUGCACCUGGGCGCCAUCGCCUUUGACCGCCACACGGCCAUCUGCGACCCGCUGCGCUACCGCCAGAGGAUCACUCCACGCCGCGUGGCCCACCUCCUGGCCGCCUCGUGGUGCCUGCCGUUCCUCUACGUGCCGCCCGUGUCGCUGGGCUGGAACGUGGUCGGCGUGGAGGAGGCGGCGCGUCGCCUCUCGUGCCCCGACAGCUGCGUGGUGCUCAAGAACGUCGGCUUCGCCCUCGUCGACACGUGCUGCGCGUUCUUCGCGCCCACCGCGCUCAUGCUCGUUGCCUACGCCAGGAUCUACCGGGUGGCGCGCAGGCAGGCGAGGCAGAUCGCCGCGUCGAGUACCGGCACCCAGCAAAACCACCUCCAACAGCAGGGCAAUGAGCAGCAGGCGACGUUUAGGAGGACCAUGAGGCGCGAGCACAACGCCACCAAGACGCUGGCCAUCAUCCUGGGCGCCUUCGUAGUCUGCUGGUGCCCGUACUUCGUGGCGAGCGCCGUCGACCCGUUCGUGGGCUUCAGCACGGAGCCGACGCUGCUGAGCGCCACGCUGUGGCUCUGCUACGCCAACUCGGCGCUCAAUCCCGUGCUCUACGCCGCCUUCAACCGCCGCUUCAGGGCCGCCUUCAGCCGCAUCUUCUGCCGAGGGAAAGGGAACGCGGCGGUGGUGGUGAUGGUGGCCGCGGCGUGGAGGGACAGACGCCGGCCUCGACCUCCUCCGCCCGCGUGCCUGGAGGAAGAGAGCGACUCCUGA